AUGCCUUCGCCGCCAAAGCCUUGGGAACGAGCAGGCGCGGGUGCAGGCGCUGACUUCUCGUCCGCCACCAACAUGGCUUCCUCUAGCGUGCCUUCGACUUCCUCUGCAUUGACAACAACCUCGUCAUCGGCUGCUCCAGCACUGCCUGAACGUCCGUCGACACUUGGCACAGGCGCUGCCGGUACGGGUGCUUACGGCGCGUCAACCUACAACUCUCCUUAUCGCAGCACGGUGGGCGGAUUGGGAUCGACAUAUGGAGGCAUGGGUUCUACCUACGGUACCUCAUAUGGCUCGCCUUACUCAAGAUACGGCGGUAUGAGCGGAAUGAGCGGCAUGGGUGGUAUGGGCUAUGGAGGAUACGGUGGCUACGGUAGCUACGGCGGAUAUGGAGGCUAUGGUGGCUACGGCGGCUACGGGAUGGGUAUGGGAAUGGGCAUGGGCAUGGGAGGGAUGCCCGGCAUGCCAGGACAGCCGGGUGAUGUCUCCUUGACGCAACGCAUGGAAGCUGGUACGCAAGCCACCUUUGAACUCAUCAGCAGCAUUGUUGGUGCAUUCGGAGGGUUCGCACAGAUGCUCGAGAGUACAUUCAUGGCGACGCACAGCAGCUUUUUUGCCAUGGUCGGUGUCGCCGACCAGUUUGCCCACUUGCGGAACUACCUCGGCCAGGUGCUCAGCAUCUUUGCGCUCGCACGAUACCUCAAGAACCUCGGUCUGCGACUCGUGGGGAAAGCACCUGCGGUCGAGCUUGACGCACGCGAGUUCAAAGAGUUUGCAGCGCACGGCGGCAGCGGUCAGCCAGCGAAAGCGGCACGUCCAAGCAAGCGCCCGCUCAUUGUGUUCUUCAUGGCCGUAAUCGGUCUUCCUUACCUCAUGGGCAAGCUGGUGCGUUUCAUUACAGCCAAGCAGGAGGCCGAACGACAGCGCCUCGAGCAGCAGCAAGGCCAGAACCCAGGUCAAGCUGGCGUGCUUCCCGGCCAACAUGGCGGUGGCAUGAUCUCGGCCAACGACGCCAACGGCGAAGCGAUCGACCCGAGCAAGUUGAGCUUUGUGCGCGCACUCUAUGCCUACCCUGCCGCCGACCCACUCGAGCUGAGCCUGCAGCCCAAUGACAUUGUUGCUGUGCUCAGCAAGCACGACCCGCAGACGGGUGCGGAAAGCGCAUGGUGGAGGGGUCGAACGCGAGAUGGUCGCAUCGGCUGGUUCCCCAGCACGUACGUCGAGUCGCUUGAGUCGGCCAAGGAACGUGCGGCCAAGGCAUCGGCUGCAACAGCAACCAGUUCGAGCCAAGCGGCCGAGUCGACCGACAAGGCAGCUGCCUCGGCUAAGCCUCCUGCUGCUGCUGUCAAGGCAACAUGA